GUGUUAGCAACCUUGGCUCGGGGUUGUCUGCCAGUGGGAGGAAAGUAGGGCGUUGCGUGCUGUAUGGGUGCGAGUGCAUAUCAUUCCCUUAAAGAUGUGUUUCGUGGGAUAAAGUGUGGGCAUUUGGGGAGUUUAAUGUGUACUUAAAGGUUAAAUUGAAGAUGAUUUUUCUCCCCCCACUAGAAGCAUCUAGAAGCCACAUGAUGCACACAGAUCAAGUUCUAGGUAUAAAAGAUGGAUGCUGUGGGGAUGCCGAUAUCAGUCUCGAGUAGUUCUAGCAUCUUAUCACAACUGUAGAAACAUGAAGUUCCUAGCCUUGUUCGUCUCUUUGGAGCUGUUAUGCUUCGCCUACGCUCUGGAUACAAAACUGUCCGAAGAACGCAAACUAAUCUCAUACGAAACAAAAGUCUUCCACAAAAUCCCCGAGCACACCAUUGUGGAGGAAAAAAUCGAAGAACUGAAAAAGAUUUCGCCAAUCGAGAAGAAAGAAACGAUCUUUGAGGAAAAGUCGUCUGUUCCGAGCUAUGAGUUUGGUUACGGCGUGAAAGAUCCAAUCAGCGGCGAUCAUAAAGAUCAGUGGGAAAAGCGCCAGGGUGGUCAUGUGAAGGGAGCGUAUCGAUUUGACGAGUCCGAUGGUACGCAGCGCAUUGUGGAGUACGAAGCAAGCGGCAAGAAAGGGUUCGAAGCGACGGUUAAGAACGUUGAGAAGAAGGUGGAAGGCACCGAGGAAGUUCCGUCGAUCGAUGAAAAGAAGAAGGAGGGCAAGGUGGCUCACAGCUACAGCUAUCUGAAGAGAACUGGCCACUAAUCAAAAUGACGAAAGAGUUACUAAUACAAUAAACACAGCACUGCCCAAAUAAUAAUGGUGUCAAUUGCAGUUCGUGAGCGCGUUGAACCGGGUUCGUAUAAUUUUGUACAACUUGCAUGGAGCUGGCCACAUGAUAGUAUGUAAUUACAACUCAAAAGCUUGCCUGGUUGCCUUUGAUUGUAUAUGGCAGACCGGAAUUGUUUAAUUCU